AUGUAUUAUGAGCCGCUGCAUAACUUUGCCAAGCUGUUCGCGUCGCUUCAGGAAGAUUACACGGAGGUCAGGCAUAAAUAUCUCCACCUGACCGCCAUACCGGAGUACAACAGGAAAGCCCUGGACAUCCUGGAGAGACUGAUGACCUGCAACUACCAACACUUACCUCGAGCGGUCACCCUCAACAUUCACAUGCGACUGUACGACACCGCACAAAUGUUCUGGUGUAUGAAACGGGCUAACACGACUGAGAAACAAGCUAUAUGUUUGAAAGAGGGAGAGGCUAAGUGUAAAGCUAAAUCUCUCCAUUUCCUCAAAGUGAUCCGUCUCUCGACAAAGUCAGUUGGCCAGCUAAUGGACAAGCAUCCAUGUUUAAAGAUGAUUUAUCUUGUUCGAGACCCAAGAGGCAACUUUCUGUCCAAACAAAGAGCCUUCAAUUUUAUAACGGCCAAUACGGCAUACGAAGCGGAGAGAUACUGUACUAGAGUCAAUAAGGACAUAACUCACGCACUCAGACUGAAGAGAAAAUAUCCCGAGCGUGUGCACUUGACCCGGUACGAGGACAUCGCAGAAAGUCCGAUCACAACGGCGAGACAACUGUACAGCUUUUUAAAUUUAACAUUUACUGAGUCAGUGGCUCGGUUCAUCUACAACAACACACAAGCUGGAUUGGGGGACCGAAGGGUGUACACGCUGACUAGAGGCAACUCUUCUGAGGUCAGUUAUGCCUGGAGGUCAAAGAUCAAACUUGCAGACGUCAAGGCUUUCGAUGCUCAGUGCAAAGAUGUGUACUUUAAACUGGGCUAUCUUCCUGUCAGCUCGGAGCCUCAUCUGAGAAACCAGAACAUCCCUCUGAAGUUUGAUAAAAGUUACAUUACCUAG